CCCACUUCCUCCAAGCAGUCGCGUCUUCCGUAUAAAAGGCAGUGAAUCCGGUCACAAGUCAGCACUGGUCUGCCUCUGAAGCCAUGCAAGCAUCGGUCCUCGUCCUCUUCGCCGUAGCAACCAUCGCCUCUGCAGGUGUUCUGCAUUACGGCGGCGAUGAUUAUGGCGGAGGUGGUGGCGGCGGUUACGGCGGCGGAGGCGGUUUCGGUGGUGGUGGUGGUGGUGGCGGCGGAGAUGACAUCGGCGUUGCAUCCGUCUCGUACGUCAAGGAGCCCGUUGUGAGCGUAAAGUACGUCGCCAAGCCUGUGGUCAGCUACGUGGCCAAGCCGGUAGCCACCGUGUCGCAUGCCCUGAAGCCCGUGGUGACGUACACGUCCAUCUCCAGCGGCGGCGGAGGGUAUGGAGGCGGCGGCGGAGGCGGAUACGGUGGAGGUGGCGGCGGAUACGGUGGAGGAGGUGGUGGCGGCCACGGUGGAGGAUGGCCCUGGUCGUAAGGGUGGUAUCCUUCAUGGUGGCUCCGGCAGCAGUGCAUUUCCAUCAUGUGAUCGCUUAAUAAUGAACUCAACAACAGCCUUCAAAAGCGACCACAUCAAGACAGUGACGGUGUCGAUUGGCGUCCUGUGCAUUAAGCCCCGAUCUAUACUAAGCGCAAAACAGGGCCGUAAGUCUGAUAAACAUAUGAAAAUGCCAAAGAACUUGGAAAUAAAUGACUGGCUGUUGGAUAAUUA